AUGCGGUUUUCCAUUGCGGUUCUUGCCUUAUCAGGCGCUGCAUCGGCUCUGCCCGCUCUCAGUGGCGCCGCAGCACGUCAGCUCACUGCUUUAGUCGAUCGAAACAGCGACGUAGUCUCAGCGGCGGACGACUUGAGCCGUCGCAGCUUCAAAGUGGAGGUUAUGCCCGCCAGCGACGGCACGAAUGCGAAGAGGAGGAGCUUGGAGGUUGAAACGAGGCAAACGAAGAGUACGGGGGGCAACGGCAGCCUGAACGCCGAGGCGAUUGGUGACAAUAAGGUCAACCCGACAACGGGUCUGACGGAUUCGGAGGCGGCAGAGAUCGUGACCGGACUCGAUCUCAAGGACAAGAAGGCCCCCGGAUCCCUCAACGCCAAAGGCCAGCGGAAUCCGCUGCCGGGUCUGAGCGCGGACGAGACGGACGCUAUCGUGAAGCAGGGGCAGGCAGCUCUCAAGGAAGCUGGUGCAUGA